UCCGUGCGAGACCACUCGGCCUGCGCAGGCGCAAGCCCGGAAGAUGGCGGCGGCUGGAGCUGGCCGUUUGAGGCGGGCGGCGUCGGCCUUGCUGCUCCGGAGCCCGCGCCUGCCCGCCCGGGAACUGUCGGCUCCGGCCCGGCUCUAUCACAAGAAGGUUGUUGAUCAUUAUGAAAAUCCUAGAAACGUGGGGUCCCUUGACAAGACAUCAAAAAAUGUUGGGACUGGAUUGGUGGGGGCUCCGGCAUGUGGUGACGUAAUGAAAUUGCAGAUUCAAGUGGAUGAAAAGGGGAAGAUUGUGGAUGCCAGGUUUAAAACAUUUGGCUGUGGGUCUGCAAUUGCCUCCAGCUCUUUAGCCACUGAAUGGGUAAAAGGCAAGACGGUGGAGGAAGCCUUGACCAUCAAGAACACGGACAUUGCCAAGGAGCUCUGCCUUCCCCCCGUGAAACUGCACUGCUCCAUGCUGGCCGAAGAUGCAAUCAAGGCUGCCCUGGCUGAUUACAAACUGAAACAAGAACCUAAGAAAGAAGAGGCAGAGAAGAAGUGAGCGCUCAAUGAAGUGUCCAGCAGUGUCUGACACCCGCCACGUGGUCACUGUAGGCGUUCAGAAGCCCCUCACACUACAGUAAAACAGCUCUGAGACGCACAAAGCAUUUGCUGGUCACAUGGUGGCUCCAAUGCAAGCAAAAUACAGUUUAUUCGUUCCAAGUCCUGUGCUUUCUUUCAGCCCACUUUAUCGCCUUAAUCCAGUUUGUGUAUAUUUUGAAUUGUGUGCAUGGCCUCAAAACUGAAAUCAAUCACGAAGUCUCAAGUGUGGUUAAUCCACAAAGUGCUCAAAUACCUAAUCUCACCUGAAUCUAUCUUGAGGAAGAUUACCAGUAGAAGGCCUUGGUAUGAUUAUUUGAUAGAACCAAUUAUUGUACAUAAAACAUUUGCGUAUAUAAUAUAUAUAAUAAAGGAACAUAAGAUCAUG